CCUCCGCCGGUCGCUCAUAUAACACUUCCUUUCAUUUCGCCUGAUAAUGACGGAUUCUACUUAUUCUUAGGAAUAAUGGCGAUCCCUUUCUACACUGCCAACUUCCGCGUGCAACAAUAUAAAAUGUCCAAUCUUCUGUAUUGGUAUCACAUUACAAGUAUCCCUUGAUAUAAGACGGACAGCAACAGAACCAUCAUGUCUUUUAAAGUUUUGGUAUUUGUCUUCACUCUCGUGGCUGCAACCGUCGGCAGUAAGCCCGACAAGCGCAGCCUGGGCUGGGACCUCGGCCCGGUCAACGCCAUCGGAGCUCCUUGGAGACCCGUGGUGCUUUCACAUGAUUCAAGUACAGACGUAGCGGGGGCGGUAGCAGCAGCGAAGGCAGCAGCGGCCGCGGUGAUGGCCGCUCAGCACCAAGUCGCGGCCGCAAAGCAUGCUGCGCUCGAGCAGCAGAGCGUCGCCAGCGCUAAGGAAGCUGCGGCCGCUCAUGCCGCUCAUAAAAGCGAGGAAGCGGCCAGGCACGCUCGUGCCCACGCGCUCGAAGCAGCGCAGGCGGCGGUGCACGCGCAAGCACAGUUGGCGGCAGCGAAGGCGCGCGCGGCGGCCGCUCAGAAGAUUGCCGCGGCGCGAGAAGCGGCGGCUGCCCGAGCUAUCCAGCAAGCGGCGCAUAACCAGGCUGCCAGGCUGCACAAUGCUGACCUAGAAUCAGUGAAGCUGUCGGUGCUGUCAAGCUCUGGGGCCGCCGGCGCCGCCGGAGCAGCACAUCACGCCGCCUCUGCCGCCGCGGCCGCGCUGCAGCCCUCCUGGGCGCCCUGGGCCUGGCCCGCGCCCACCUGGACACCGCCUGCACAUGGAGCUUGGGCUUGGUCUUGA